AUGAAGCCAGGAAAGGCGCCAGGAUUAGAUGGUAUAACGGCAGGCAUGCUGAGGAAGGCAUGGCCAAUACUCGCAGAAGAAAUAACUAAGCUAUUUAAGGACUGCAUGAAGGAUGCCACUUUUCCCCAGGAAUGGAAAGAUGCCAACUUGGUGGUAAUACCAAAGCCAGGAAAGGCGGACAUGUCGAGUCCCAAAUCCUAUAGGCCGGUUAGUCUGCUACCAACGCUAGCAAAGGCACUAGAGACGUUAAUAAUACAAGACCUGGUCAGAGAGACUAACCUCGACAACUACAGCCCGCAGCAUGGAUUUGUGCCCGGGAGGUCGACAGUCACGGCUAUGAAAGCGGUAUACGACUGGACAGGGGCCAGUAAGUCAAGACAUGUUGUCGGAGUGUUCCUGGAUAUCACCGGGGCCUUCGACAAUGUUGGGUGGCACCCGAUGCUAAAGAGAUUAGACGAACUUGGGGCGUCCGUCCGCACGCUAAGGAUGGUCGGGCACUACCUUAACGGACGAACAGCAUCUCUCACAUUACAAGGGGAACGGUACUCCCGAACGAUUGAACGUGGCUGCCCCCAGGGAUCUCAGCUGGGGCCCACCUUAUGGAAGGUCGCCAUGACGGGCUUGGAUGACAUCAAGAUGGAUGCAUCAGCCACAGCAGUACUCUACGCUGAUGAUAUAGCGCUACUUGUGGGAGCAGCAAGGCCACAGACGGCCUUCACCAGGAUCGAAGGAUACCUGCAGAAAAUGCUGACCUGGGCAAAGGAGUAUGAGCUGCGCUUCUCGCCGACAAAAACGCAGAUGAUGUCGAUUAAGGGCGGACUGAAGCCAGGUUACGAUGUGGGUUUCGGAACUGACCCCGCAGCCUCAAGAAUAAUGUCCAGUGCAACAGUCAAGUACCUAGGAGUCUACCUGGACCCACGAUGUAGCUUCUGGGAACAUGUAAAAGCAUUAAAGAGCAAAUCGGAGGGACUAUACGGCAGGUUAAGGCGGAUGACAUCAGCAAACUGGGGCAUGGGCCGUCUUGCGGCAAAGAUAAUAUAUGAAGCGGUUUACCUCCCGCGAAUCACAUACGCCGCGGAAAUAUGGGCGGAAGGCGGGUGCGGCCUUAAAAAGAGCAUUAACGCGCUAUGUAGCAUGCAAAGGGCACCGCUGCUGGCGAUAACGAGCUGCUACAGGACGGCGUCAACCAACUGCCUCUCGGCCGUAGCGGGCGUACUGCCACUCGAUUUGGAGGUUAGGAGGGUGGCGCUGAAGCGUAGGCACAGGAACGGCACGAUUGACAGCCAACAAUACGAAGAUGGAGUCCAGGGCCUCGUCGCGGAAUGGCAGAUCCGCUAUGAUGAGUUGGACAAGGGAGAGUGGACUAAGAUCAUGAUACCGGAUCUGGCCCGGAGAUGCAAACUGCCGCUAAAGAUGGAUCAUUACACGGCCCAGUUCCUCACUGGGCACGGCGACUUCAAUGCGAAAUUGCACGGGUUCAAGCUCGUGAGAAGCGCUAAUUGCGCGUGCGGAAAUGGAGCGGAAACAGUGCGACACGUACUCUUGGCGUGCACCAGGACAAGGGCUUACCGAGAAGACCUGAUAACGGUCAUGAGGGAAGAGCAAGUAUCGUGGCCUCCCGAGAAAGGAGCCUUUCUAAGUACCAGAAGAACUUACGAAGCCCUGAGAAAGUUCAGUAGAAAGUGCAUGACGAACAGAACAGAUAGGUAG